AUGGCUGGUGGAGGUGACGUCAGCAAUGGCAGCAGUCCGAUCAAUCACAGCCGUCCGAAGGACGGCUACGCUGCGGGUCCGCCCUGGAUUUUCAAGGGCAGGGCUAUGUACCAGCUGAACCUGGUCAAGGCUGACGUGGCACGCCGCGUCGUUCCGCCGGAGCUCAAGCUCGUCGAAGCCUUCGGGUACACGCUGGGCGGGGUCUACUAUGCACAGUAUGACUCGAGUCCUGCGGGGAAGUUUGACGAGCUCGUCGUCAUACCCGGCAUUGUGUGGGACCCACCAGCCUCGUGCGCGUGGGCGGCAGCAGUGAUGGUGGACAGUGCCUCAGCCCGGGACCAUGGUAUCAAGGAAGUUGGGUUGCCAAGCCGCUUCGUCUCAUUCAACAAGAAGCUGCUGCCAUCGCCUCAGUCUGCCGCACACACCGCUCCUCUCAACUCCAUUCCCUCCUCUCCCUCCACCCCUCCAUUGAACGAUCCAAGCGCCUCAGCCUCAGCCUCCCCCUCCUCCUCCUCCCCCUCGUCCUCCUCUUCCUCAUCUUCCUCCUCUUCUCAUGCACCUGCCAAGGCUCCUCUACAGCUGCUGUCCAGAUUCGUCAACCCCUGGGGAAAGGGGCGGACACAGGGGCUGGGAGGAAGCAGAGAGGGGGGGUUCCUGCAGGUGACUGUGUGUGAUGGGGGGAGGGGAGGAAGGGGAGGAGGGAGAGGAGGGAGGGAGAAGGAGGGGAAGGGGGAGGAAGUGGGGAGUGUGAGAGACGGAGCACCCAUGUUUGAGCUGCACAUGAAGGUGCCAUCCCCUAAAGAGCUAGCAGCUGUCUCCCGCCUGCCCCCAAUAAAAAUGUCACUGCCUAGCUUCAGUGGCCGCACGGAGGCUCAGCCUGCUCUGCUCAAAUACUCAUGCGACCUCUCCUGCCGUGUAAGCCUCAUGCCGCCUGCCACCACCCGCAUCAGCCCAGCCUACAGCUACACCUCGCCCACCGGUGCUUCUGACUCUUUUACUGACUCUGUGACUUCUUCCAAGGAGCAGAAUGCUAGCAGGAAGAGCCAGGAUGUGGUGCUUGAGGUUCUCUCUGGUCGGCCGCUGAUUGCGAUGUGCUUCGAGGGGAUGGAGAUGAGAGUGGAGGCACCGACGCGGGUGGUGUUGCCUGCAACGACGGUUCCGAGGGAAGUCAAGGCUUGUGAUGUCGUUGUCACCACAACCAGCUUGCAGUUCGAGGUUAAGAAUAGUAUUGAAUCGCCUUUCGUGGCUGAUUACAAGACUGCUUGA